AUGUAUUUCAGAAUCCAAUCAGCUUUUCUCGUCACGCUAUUGGUGUUCUUAACGGGCUCAGUCAAUGCUCUGCCGAAAGAUACAAACCCUGCAACAACCCCUGCACCUAGAUCUGACAUUAAUCAUGGCGAGAUGCGUGUAAUGACCCAAGUCUCCCACCCGAAACCAGCUACUAGAAGCACUUCUUGGGCGGACUCUGAAGCUGGGGACAGCAAAUGGACAGCAACAGCAACACAAACCGCAGCGACUGUGACUGUGACUAAAACUGCUACUUCAACGGCUUCAGCAACGACCUCAGCGACGGCUGUGGCUCUCGAUGUAUUGUCUACCGUGUCGAGUCUAUUGAAUGGACUCGCGGGCUUGUUUGAGUCUUGA